AUGUCAUCAGUCAACAGCGGAAAACUGAAAGCGAAAAAGCAAGAAGAUGGAAGCCAAAGUAAGGAAGCAGGCCAAACGAUAACCACGCCGAGCGGGACUGCUCAGACCAAGCCCGACAAGAAAAAGAAAAAGAGGAAGAAAGACGAGACGGAACUAGAGCCGGAUGAGACGGUGGCCAAGGAUUCGGAAGCACCCUCUCAAGCUGACCAAAGCGGAAAGAAAAAGAAAAAGAGGAAGAAACAGGCACAAGAUGCUCCUCCGAAUCCAGAACAAACGCUGGUGGAAUCCAAAGAGCCCGUCGGAAAAGCUGCCGGUCUAGAAGAAUCGAUAGCGACGACGGACGUGAACAUGGCUGAGGCGAAAGAUGAUGAUAAUCCCACGGAUAAGAAGAAGCAGAAGAAGAAAGAUAAAAAGAAGAAGAAUAAGCAACCUGACGAUCUCCCAACUACCGAGCAACUUCCCUCAGUUCAUGAAAACCUCCCGCCAUCAACAGCUCCCAACCAUAGCACCUCUUCUACCUCGAAUCCACCAAAAUCCGUCUCAGAUACCAAAAACAUCGAACCAAGCCCAUCAAUAUCAACAGCAGACGUUGAGAGCACUAAAAAGUCAAAGAAGAACAAGAAAGAAAAAAAAGACAAGAAACCUUCCGACCAAUCUGUGCCAGUCGCCCCAACAACAUCCCCAAAUCCCACUUCACAAUCUACCGAUCCGGCAGAAAUCGAGCAAUUCAUUUCCUCCAACAAGCUUACAUAUGAGCCCCCUGAGAUCGUAACUCAACUUCCCCCCGUUCUCAAAUUCGAAGAUGUUGUUGUACACGACUCAUUACGGAAGGCCUUCUCCGCAUUUCAAAAACCCAGCCCUAUCCAAUCUGCGGUAUGGCCUGUACUGAUGGCCGGAAGAGAUGUCGUGGGGAUCGCAGAGACCGGGUCUGGGAAAACUCUAGCAUUUGGUGUGCCGGCCCUUCAGCACAUCUUAGAUGGCGACAAGAAAAGCAAAGCCAUCAAUGUUCUAGUCAUCGCCCCUACCCGUGAGCUCGCCAUGCAGACUGAAACCACACUUUCCGACUUGGGAAAGUUGGUGUCUCCCCCAAUCAAGAGUCUCUGUGUUUACGGUGGAGUCGACAAAAACAUCCAACGAAAAGCGCUUGCCAAUUCUGCGGUCCGAGUCGUCGCUGGUACGCCCGGUCGGCUCCUUGACCUGGCAAAUGAGGGUCAUCUAAAAUUAGAUCAAGUCAGCUGGCUGAUUCUAGAUGAGGCUGAUAGAAUGCUCGAUAAGGGAUUUGAAAACGAUAUCCGAGCGAUCAUCAACCUCUGUCGCCCCUCUCGCACCGAAGAUUCAAAGAGCCGAUUGACGACGAUGUUUUCAGCUACUUGGCCUACAAGUGUCAGAAGAUUAGCGGCAGACUUUAUGCACGAACCUGUCCGAAUACUCGUUGGGGCCGACGAACUGACUGCCUCAUGUAGCGUCGAGCAGACGGUCGAAGUCUUGGAAGAAACUCGAGGGAAAGAGUGGAAACUGCUCAAUACACUCAAGGAGUUGGGCAAAGACAGUCAAAAAAAUAAAUCCAAAGACAAAAUUAUCGUCUUUGCCCUCUACAAAAAGGAGGCACAGAGGCUGCAUGAGUUCCUUCUACGUAAAGGCUUUCAAGCUUGCUGUAUCGAAGGAAAUAUGUCCCAAGAUAAGCGAAGUAAAUCGUUGGAAGAUUUUAUGACUGGCAAAUCGACCAUUCUUGUCGCUACAGAUGUUGCAGCUCGAGGAUUGGACAUUCCUAAAGUGGAGUUUGUCAUCAAUGUGACUUUCCCACUAACAAUUGAAGACUACAUUCAUCGGAUCGGACGAACUGGUAGAGCUGGACGCACAGGCAAAAGCAUCACAUAUUUCACCGAUGAAGACAAGUCCCAUGCUGGCGAGUUGAUGAGGGUUCUGAAGGAUGCUGGCCAAGUCGUGCCGGAAGCUCUCAAACAGUGGGGCGGCCAAAUCAAGAAGAAAACUCACGCCGCUUACGGGGAUCAUUGGAAAGAAGUGGAUACAACUAUCAAAGGUAAACAUGCCUCUUUUUUUCCACCAAGCGCUAUUGAGAACAUCAUGCUGAUACGAUUUAUCCUCGCGCUUGAACUCUCAAAUCUUCCCCGAUAAACAAACCCCUUCAGCCAAGAAAAUUACAUUUGAUUA